AUGCCGGCAACAGCCGCGCCGCCGAUUCCACCGCCACGCCGUCGCGAGUACACGGCGGUGGACCCGCGGUGCGAGUGGACAAGCACGGAGGACGCCGACACCCUCGUCGUCGACGUGUCAGGGUUCAGGAAGGAGGAGCUAAAGGUCCUGUACAAAACCCGGCGGAAGCUGAAGGUCACCGGCGAGCGCCAGGCCGACGGCGUGCCCAAGCUGAAGGUCACCGGCGAGCGCCAGGUCGACGGCGGCCAGUGGGCACGCUUCCUCAAGGUGUUCCCGGUCCCCAGGAGCUGCGAUGCCGGCACCAUCCAGGCCAAGCUGAACACUGAGAGCGCCCAGCUGUUCGUCAUCCUGCCCAAGGGAUCCACAUCGUCCAAGGACAAGCAGAAAGAACAUCACCCUGAGCGCUCACAGUCUCUCCAAGAGCUGAUGAGGGCGGAUACUGCGGACGAUGCCUCAUCAGGCAGCAGCGUCGGCAGCAUGUGGAGCGCCCAAGAAGAUCCAGGGAACGGCAAGGUCGAAGACAAGGAACAGAAACAACAUCAUCAGGCUAUGGAGGAACCGAGACAAGAUCAAGUGAUGAACAUACAAGAUUUGCCGAGAGGGGACGGUGACUCAACUGAAAAUGCAAUCAAGAACGACGAUGCUGAUGGCAAUGGCAAGGGUGAGGACAGGAGAUGGUGGAGGAAGAUCAAAGUGCUGCAUGUUCUUGGCUUCAUCCUGGUCCUUGCAUUGGUGGGUGUUGGUGCCACUAUCCUGUAUAUAGUGUUACUGUGA